GUCACAUUGUUGGGGGGACAAUUAAUAUGUGACGGAAUAAGGGAAGCAGCAUGAGACAGCAAACAUAUGAUGGAAGAGGUUAAUGGAGUCUCGGCUUGAAAAGAAACUUUAUUCCCUCAGAGUUUGUGAGGCCAAUGAGGGUCCGGUUCUUAUUCGGCGGGAGACAUGGCGACUUUAAAUUCCUGCCCCCAUCAAGUUACGCCCCCUGUUACGAGGCCCUGCUGCCCAAGGAGAAGAUGAGGGUGGAGCCGGUGAAAGAAUACAAAAGGGACCUAAAUGGGGUACGAGAUUUGCUGGGAACCACCCUCAUCUCAUCACAGGGCUCCUUUAUUCCAACACCUGUGGAAACCAGCCAGAUUGUUAUGCCGCCCAAUAUGGAAAAGGUUCGGGACAAACUAGCGGAGAAUAUCCAUGAACUGUGGGGCAUGAAUAAGAUUGAACUUGGCUGGUCCUACGGCAAGAUCAGGGAUGAUAAUAAGCGGCAACAUCCGUGUCUGGUGGAUUUUUCUAAGCUGCCCGAGACUGAGAGGAACUACAACCUGCAGAUGUCCACAGAAACUCUGAAAACCCUGUUGGCACUGGGUUGCCGAGUUGUUCAGGUCAAUCCAAAUGCUGACGAAUCACUAAAGAAGCUCAAACUCCCGAAGAACUUUAUGAUGUCCAGUGGUUAUAAACCAUCCCCUCUAGACUUGUCUGAGAUGAAACUGACUCUAGGCCAAGAGUUGCUGGUGGAUAAAUUGGCAGAAAAUGCCCACAAUGUUUGGGCCAAAGACCGCAUCAGACAAGGAUGGACCUACGGCAUUCAACAGGAUCUGAAAAGUAAACGUAACCCCCGCUUGGUCCCCUACUCCAUGCUGGAUGAACGUACCAAGAAGUCUAACCGCGACAGUCUACGGGAGGCCAUUCGCACUUUGAUUGGUUAUGGUUACAACAUAGAGCCAUCUGAUCAAGAAGCAGGACAAGUGGUUGAACGGCUCAGCAUUGACAAAAUCCGCUUCUUUCGAGUAGAGCGAACGUACGCGGUGAAGACAGGCAAAUGGUACUUUGAAUUCGAGGCGGUGACAGGAGGAGACAUGAGAGUUGGCUGGGCCAGACCUGGAUGUAAGCCAGAUGUGGAGCUGGGCACAGAUGAUCUAGCUUUUGUUUUUGAUGGAUACAGGGGCCACUGUCUGAACAUGGGAAGCCGCUUGUUUGGGCGCUGCUGGCACAGUGGAGAUGUGGUGGGCUGCAUGAUCAACAUGGAGGACAAAUCCAUGAUAUUCACCCUCAAUGGAGAGAUACUCAUCACCACAAAAGGCUCUGAACUUUGCUUCACUGACUUUGAAACGGAGGAGGGGUUCAUUCCAGUGUGCAGUCUGGGCUUGGCUCAGGUGGGUCGUAUGAAUCUAGGCAAAGAUGCCAGCACCUUCAAGUACUACACCAUGUGCGGCCUCCAGGAGGGUUUUGAACCCUUCGCUGUCAACAUGAACCGAGAACUCACCAUGUGGUUCAGCAAGCGUUUGCCAACAUUUGUCAAUGUGCCAAAGGACCACAAUCAUAUCACAGUAACCAGGAUUGAUGGGACCAUUGACAGCCCCCCGUGUCUCAAAGUCACUCACAGGACUUUUGGCUCUCAGAACAGCAAUGCAGAUAUGGUGUUUUGUCGUCUCAGUAUGCCUGUGGAGUUUCAUUCCUUCUUCAAGACCAGUCCUGUUGUAGACAUGAAUGGAGUGCAUGACGAUGAGACCCUCAAGGUUAAACACAGAUAUCCCCUGCGAUCUGUGCGGCACAGUGAUGAAAGUAGACGUGUGGACUACAGCAGCAUCACAACGUACUACCACUCUGUGAGGGUCUUUGCUGGUCAGGAACCUGCAAGUGUGUGGGUGGGCUGGGUGUCUCCCGACUACCAUUACUAUAGCAACAACUUCGCCCUCAAUAAGACCAGAACUGUGACUGUCACCCUGGGAGAUGAGCGAGGACGGGUCCAUGAGAGCGUGAGGAGGAGUAACUGCUACAUGGUGUGGGGUGGCGAUGUGACCAACGCAGCUCAUGGUCCAAACCGCAGCAAUGUGGACCUGGAUAUUGGUUGUCUCAUAGACUUGGCAACCGGCAUGGUGACAUUCAUUGUCAACGGCAAGGAGGUAUCCACCUCCUAUCAGGUGGAACCCAACACCAAGCUUUUCCCUGCUGUGUUUGUGCGACCCACAAGCCCUAACCUCUUCCAGUUUGAACUCACCAAGCUAAAGAACGCCAUGCCACUGUCGUCAGCCAUCUUUAAGAGCGAGCAUAAGAACCCAGUGCCCCAGUGCCCCCCUCGCCUGGACAUCCAGACCAUCAAUGCGGUGCUGUGGAGCCGCAUGCCAAACACAUUCCUCAAGGUGGAAACGGCGAGAGUCAGUGAGAGACACGGAUGGUCGUUGCACUGUGUGGAGCCUCUGCAGAUGAUGGCGGUUCACAUACCCGAGGAGAACAGGUGCGUUGACAUCAUGGAAUUGUCCGAGCAGGAGGACAUAAGGAAGUUCCACUAUCACACCUUGAAGCUCUACUGUGCUCUCUGUGCACUGGGCAACACCCGCGUAGCCCACGCCCUCUGCAGCCACCUGGACCAAUCACAGCUCUUAUACACCAUCGACAACCAGUACCUGUCAGGCAUGUUACGUGAGGGUUUUUACAAUCUCCUCAUCAGCAUCCAUUUGGAGACAGCCAAAGAGGCUCGACUCAUGAUGAAAGAUGAGUUCAUCAUCCCGGUCACGGCUGAGACGCGCUCAAUCCGACUCUUCUCUGAUGCUUCCAAAAAACACUUUCCGCCAGGGGUGGGGCUCAGCACGUCGCUCAAACCCCGCCUGAACUUUGCUCCGCUGUGUUUUAUCAACACCAAACGGGAACAUUAUCUGUACAGUCCCCAGAUACCCCUGGACGCAUUAAAAGCAAAAGCGAUAUCAAUGUUGACAGAGGCUGUCCAAGGAGGCGGUCACUACAUCCGUGAUCCUGUAGGAGGAGGGGUCGAGUACCAGUUUGUGCCCAUCCUGAAGCUCAUCAGCACGUUGCUGACCAUGGGCGUACUCUGCAGUGAGGAUGUUCACAAGAUCUUGCUCCUUGUUGACCCAAAUGUAUUUAGUGAGACACCCAAGGAAGAAACCAUCGGUACGACAGACAAAGAAGGACUAACGGCGGCCGAGAAAAAGGCGGUAGAAGCUGGAGAGGAAGAAGCAGCCAAAGAGGCUAAACAGCUGAUGAAAGGGCUUCUGGAGAAGAGGCUGCCUGAACCUGUGAAACGGCAGAUGUGCGAGCUGCUGCACUAUUUCUGCGACUGUGAGCUGAAGCACCGCAUUGAAGCCAUCGUGUCCUUUUCGGACAGCUUUGUCUCCAAGCUGCAGUACAACCAAAAGUUUCGCUACAACGAGUUGAUGCUUGCGCUCAAUAUGUCUGCCGCCAUUACCGCCAAGAAGACCAAAGAGUUUCGAUCACCUCCUCAAGAACAGAUUAACAUGCUACUGACCUUCAGCACUGGUGACGACUGUCCUUGCCCAUCAGAUACCCAGGAGGAGCUUUAUGAUUUUCACAACCAGCUGCAGCUGCAUUGUGGAAUCCCAAUGGAAGAAGAUGAGGAUGAACAGGACACAUCUAUCAAAGGUCGCCUUCUAACCUUUGUGAACAAAAUUAAAGGACAAGCUCAUAAAACAGAGCAACCGGUGAAGAAGGAACAAACCGCACCAUCCAACUUGAAGGAGUUAAUCUCGCAGACUAUGGUCAGCUGGGCCCAGGAGUGUCAUAUCCAAGACCCAGAGCUGGUGCGGAAGAUGUUCAGCCUGCUGAGGAGGCAGUAUGACAGUAUUGGCGAGCUGCUCAGGGCCAUGAGGAAGACUUACACCAUCAGCGCUGCCUCGGUCCAGGACACCAUCAAGCUCCUGGCUUCGCUUGGUCAGAUCAGAUCGCUGCUUUCUGUUCGGAUGGGAAAGGAGGAGGAGAAGCUCAUGAUUGAUGGACUUGGUGACAUCAUGAACAACAAGGUCUUUUAUCAGCACCCUAAUUUAAUGAGAAUACUGGGCAUGCAUGAGACUGUCAUGGAGGUCAUGGUCAAUGUUCUUGGGGGAGACAAAUCCCAGGAAAUCGCCUUCCCCAAGAUGGUAGCCAGCUGUUGUCGCUUCCUGUGCUACUUUUGCCGGAUCAGUCGCCAAAAUCAAAAAGCCAUGUUUGACCACCUGAGUUACCUGCUGGAGAAUAGCAGCGUCGGCCUUGCUUCUCCAGCUAUGAGAGGUUCCACUCCUCUUGAUGUGGCUGCUUCCUCAGUCAUGGACAACAACGGUCUGGCUCUGGCACUCGAAGAACCGGAUCUUGACAAGGUGGUCACAUACUUGGCGGGCUGCGGUCUCCAGAGUUGUCCGAUGCUCCUGGCGAAAGGUUAUCCAGAUAUCGGCUGGAACCCCAUUGAGGGAGAGCGUUACCUUUCCUUCCUGCGGUUUGCUGUCUUUGUUAAUGGUGAGAGUGUGGAGGAGAACUCCAGUGUUGUGGUCAAGCUGCUCAUCCGUCGCCCCGAGUGUUUUGGACCUGCCCUGAGGGGGGAGGGAGGGAACGGACUCCUGGCUGCUAUGAAAGAAGCAAUCAAGAUCUCUGAGACCCCGGCUUUGGACCUGCCUGGUUCUGUCCAGGGAGUCAGCUCUGAUGCAUCCGCUGAUGGUGACGAUGAAGAGGAGGUAGUCCACAUGGGCAAUGCCAUCAUGUCCUUCUACUCCGCACUCAUAGACCUUUUGGGACGUUGUGCUCCAGAGAUGCAUCUUAUCAACAAGGGGAAAGGGGAAGCUCUCCGUAUUCGGGCCAUUUUGCGCUCCUUGGUGCCUACUGACGAUCUGGUGGGAAUCAUCAGCAUACCACUUAAAACACCUAUCAUUAAUAAAGACGGUUCUGUGACAGAACCCGACAUGUCAGCCAUCUUUUGUCCAGACCACAAGGCCCCUAUGGUGCUGUUCCUGGACAGAGUUUAUGGUAUUGAGGACCAGAGCUUUUUGCUUCACCUGCUUGAAGUUGGCUUCCUUCCUGAUCUGAGGGCCGCAAACUCUCUAGAUACGGAGGGUCUGUGCACCACCGAGACGGCAUUGGCCAUGAACCGUUACAUCGGCUCAGCCAUACUCCCCCUCCUCACCCGCUGCGCGCCCCUCUUCGCUGGCACCGAGCACCACGCCACGCUCAUCGAUUCCACACUGCACACCAUCUAUCGCCUCUCCAAAGGCAGGUCCCUCACCAAGGCCCAGAGAGACGCCAUUGAAGAGUGCCUGCUGGCUGUCUGCAAGCACCUUCGCCCUUCUAUGCUGCAGCAGCUUCUGCACCACCUCGUCUUUGACGUGCCCUUGCUGACUGAAUACUGCAAGAUGCCUCUCAGGCUGCUAACCAACCAUUAUGAGCAGAACUGGAAGUACUAUUGCCUCCCAUCUGGCUGGGGCAGCUAUGGCACGGCUUCGGAGGACGAACUGCAGCUCACCAAAAAGAUCUUCUGGGGAGUGUUUGACUCGCUCGCCCAAAGGAAAUAUGACCCAGAUCUGUUCAAGAUGGCGAUGCCCUGCCUGAGCGCCAUAGCUGGAGCGUUGCCACCCGACUACGUGGAUGCAUCCAUUGGUAGCAGCAUGGAGAAGCCACUUUCUGUAGAUACUCAUGGAAACUUUGACCCCAAACCGUUCACCACUGCUCACAUUGCCCUACCAGAGAAGCUUGAACACUUUGUCAACAAGUAUGCUGAACAUUCUCAUGAGAGAUGGUCAGCAGAGAAGGUGCUGCUUGGGUGGAAGUAUGGAGACUGUGUGGAUGAGAAGGCCAGGACUCACCCACAGCUCAGGACAUACAAAGCUCUGACAGAGAAGGAGAAAGACAUUUACAGAUGGCCAAUCAGGGAGUCAUUGAAAAGCAUGCUGGCAAUGGGCUGGAGUGUUGACCGAGCCAGAGAUGGAGAGAGCAUGUCUCAUCACAGGGAGAAUGAAAAGAUUCGAAAGAUCUCUCAGGCUUCACAAGCGAACGGAUUUCAUCCCAGUCCAGUAGACACAAGCAAUGUGGUUCUAUCCAGGGAGCUCCAAGGAAUGGUGGAGGUGGUGGCUGAAAAUAGCCAUAACAUCUGGGCCAAAAGGAAAAAGAGUGACCUUGGAUAUAGAGGUGGAGGUACACACCCUUUGCUGGUUCCCUACGAAACGCUGACAGCCAAAGAGAAGGCUCGUGAUCGAGAGAAGGCUCAGGACCUCUUCCGCUUCCUUCAAAUCAGUGGCUACAGCAUCACAAGAGGUCUGAAGGACUUGGAGCAGGAUUCCUCGUUCAUGGAGAAAAGGUUUGCUUACAGGUUCCUCAAGAAGCUGCUCAAGUAUGUUGACUGCGCCCAGGAGUUCAUCUCACAUCUAGAGGCCAUGGCUUCCAGCGGCAAAACAGACAGGUCGCCUCAUGAGCAAGAAAUCAAGUUUUUUGCCAAAGUGCUUCUACCGCUCAUUGACCAAUACUUCAAGAAUCACUCCCUCUACUUCCUUUCAUCACCCAAUAAGAAUCUGAGUAGCAGCGGCUACGCCUCCAACAAGGAGAAGGAAAUGGUCACCAGCUUGUUUUGUAAACUGGCAGCUCUUGUAAGACAUAGGAUUUCUCUCUUUGGAAGUGACUCGACCACCAUGGUGAGCUGUCUGCACAUUCUGGCACACACUCUGGAUACCAGGACAGUGAUGAAGUCAGGUUCCGAAUCAGUGCGGGUGGGGCUGAGGACGUUCUUUGAGAACGCCGCUGAGGACCUGGAGAAGACUUUGGAGAACCUCAAGCUCGGGAAGUUCACUCACUCGCGCUCACAGAUGAAAGGCGUGUCGCAGAACAUCAACUACACCACGGCGGCUCUCCUCCCCAUCCUGACUGCUCUCUUUGAGCACAUCACACAACACCACUUUGGGGUGGACCUGCUUUUGGAUGAUGUCCAAGUGUCCUGCUAUCGGAUCCUGACCAGCCUUUAUGCUCUGGGGACCGGAAAGACAAUCUACGUAGAAAGACAGCUUCCAGCACUCGGUCAGUGUCUAGCCACCUUGGCGGGGGCUAUGCCUGUGGCUUUCCUGGAACCCAUGCUCAACAUGUAUAACCACUGCUCGGUUUUUAACACAAAGAGUGGCCGGGAACGAGCCAUGCUCGGCAUUCCAGACUCAGUUGAGAAAAUGUGUCCCGGUAUGCCCCGACUUGCCGGGCUGAUGAAGGACAUCAACGACAUGGCCGAAUCUGGAGCACGGUACACAGAGAUGCCCCAUGUGAUUGAAGUGGUCCUGCCUAUGCUUUGUAACUACCUGUCCUACUGGUGGGAAAGGGGACCUGAAAACCAGACAGCCAGCAGCAGCAGUUGCUGUGCCACCGUCACCUCCGAACACCUCAGCCUCAUUCUGGGCAACAUCCUAAAGAUUCUCAACAACAAUCUGGGCAUCGAUGAGGCCUCGUGGAUGAAGAGGAUUGCAGUGUACGUGCAGCCCAUCAUCAGCAAAGCCCGCACUGACCUGCUAAAGAGUCACUUCCUGCCAACGCUGGAGAAACUGAAGAAGAAGACGGUGAAGGUGGUGGCUGAGGAGGAGCUGUUAAAAGCCGACAGCAAGGGAGACACCCAGGAGGCCGAGCUGCUCAUCCUGGAUGAGUUUGCCGUGCUCUGCAGGGACCUUUAUGCCUUUUACCCCAUGCUCAUCCGCUAUGUGGACAACAACAGGUCCAGGUGGCUGAAAGAACCAGAUGCAGACUCUAAUGAGCUCUUCAAAAUGGUUGCUGAGAUUUUUAUCCUCUGGUGCAAAUCACAUAAUUUCAAACGGGAGGAACAGAACUUUGUGGUCCAGAAUGAAAUCAACAAUCUUUCCUUCCUAACUGGAGACAAUAAAACUAAGAUGUCCAAGUCCUUUAAGGAAAAGUCUGGAGGACAGGACCAGGAAAGGAAACACAAGAAACGCCGGGGUGAAUUCUAUUCCAUCCAAACAUCACUGAUCGUGGCCGCACUGAAGAAGAUGCUUCCAAUCGGCCUCAACAUGUGCACCCCAGGAGACCAGGAGCUCAUCUCCCUGGCAAAGAUGCGCUAUUUGAUGAGAGACACAGACGAUGAAGUCAAAGAACACAUCUGGCAAAACCUUCACCUCAGAGUAAAGUCUGAAGACCCUGCCGUGAGGUGGCAGAUGAACCUUUACAAGGAUAUCAUAUUACGAGGCGAGGGGCCUCCCGACCCUGAGAGAGUGGUGGAUCGUAUCCAGAGAAUCUCCGCUGCUGUUUUCAAUCUGGAGCUGGUGGAGCAGCCAUUGAGAUCCAAGAAAUGUGUCUGGCAGAAGUUGCUGUCCAAGCAGAGGAAAAGAGCUGUUGUUGCUUGUUUCCGAAUGGCUCCACUUUACAAUCUGCCGAGGCAUCGCUCUAUUAACCUCUUCCUCCUGGCCUAUCAGAGAAUAUGGAUAGAAACAGAGGAGUACUCCUUUGAGGAGAAGCUAGUACAGGAUCUUGCAAAAACACAGCCCAAAGUGGAGGAAGAAGAAGAAGAGGACGUUCGAAAACGGCCGGACCCUCUUCACCAGCUCAUUCUGCAUUUCAGCCACAAUGCUCUGACCGAGUGCAGCUCUUUGGAAGAAGAUCCCUUGUACAUUGCAUAUGCAGAUAUGAUGGCCAAGAGUUGUGCUGACGGGGAAGAGGAAAAUGAUGAGGAAGAAAAAGACAAAACCUUUGAGGAGAAGGAAAUGGAGAAACAAAAGAUGUUGUACCAGCAGGCCCGACUGCACGACCGCGGGGCUGCAGAGAUGGUGCUCCAGAUGAUAGCCGCUAGUAAAGGUCGACUGGUUGCUAUGGUGACCUUCACGCUGAAACUGGGCAUCUCUAUUCUCAACGGGGGAAACAUUCUGGUCCAGCAGAAAAUGUUGGACUACCUUAAAGAGAAGAGGGAUGUCGGCUUUUUCAAAAGCUUAUCUGGACUAAUGAUGUCUUGCAGUGUCCUGGAUCUGAAUGCUUUUGAGAGGCAAAACAAAGCAGAAGGUCUCGGGAUGGUUACUGAAGAAGGAUCAAUCAACGUGAGUGAGCGGGGUUCCAAAGUGCUGCAGAAUGACGAGUUUACAAAGGAUCUUUUUAGGUUCCUGCAGCUUCUCUGUGAGGGACACAACAAUGAUUUUCAAAACUUUCUGAGGACGCAGACGGGAAACACAACAACAGUCAACAUCAUCAUUAGUACUGUAGACUAUCUGCUCAGACUUCAGGAAUCCAUCAGUGAUUUCUACUGGUACUACUCUGGAAAAGACAUUAUUGAUGAGGCCGGUCAGAGGAACUUCUCCAGAGCGCUUGCAGUCGCUAAGCAGGUCUUCAACUCUUUAACAGAGUAUAUACAGGGUCCAUGUAUAGGUAACCAGCAGAGCCUGGCUCAUAGCAGACUGUGGGAUGCAGUUGUGGGCUUCUUGCAUGUUUUUGCCAACAUGCAGAUGAAGUUAUCCCAGGACUCCAGUCAGAUAGAAUUAUUGAAAGAGCUGCUGGACCUGCAGAAAGACAUGAUUGUCAUGAUGCUUUCUCUUCUGGAAGGAAAUGUUGUCAAUGGAACUAUUGGAAAACAAAUGGUGGACACCUUGGUGGAGUCAUCUAGCAAUGUGGAGAUGAUCCUCAAGUUUUUUGACAUGUUCCUCAAGUUGAAGGAUCUGACCACCUCAGACAGCUUCAAGGUCUGUGAUCCUGAGAGCAAAGGUUUCAUCUCAAAGAAGGAUUUUCAGAAGUCCAUGGAGAACCAGAAGCAGUAUUCCCAGUCUGAGAUUGAGUUUCUUCUAUCUUGUGCUGAGGCGGAUGAAAACGACAUGUUCAACUACGUGCAGUUUGUAGAGAGGUUCCACGAACCUGCUAAGGACAUUGGCUUCAAUGUGGCGGUCCUGCUAACCAACCUUUCAGAGCACAUGCCACACGAUGGUCGCCUCUCCACGUUCCUCGACCUGGCCGAGAGUGUCCUCAGCUACUUUGAACCCUAUUUGGGUCGUAUUGAAAUCAUGGGCGGAGCCAAGCGCAUCGAGCGAGUCUACUUUGACAUCAGCGAGUCAAGUCGAACCCAGUGGGAGAAGCCUCAGGUGAAGGAGUCCAAGCGACAGUUCAUCUUUGAUGUGGUCAAUGAAGGCGGAGAGAGCGAGAAGAUGGAACUCUUUGUGAACUUCUGCGAGGAUACCAUCUUUGAGAUGCAGCUCGCUUCUCAGAUUUCGGAGCCGGACCCGAUGGAGCGUCAGGAGGAAGAUGACGAUGACGACAAUAAGAGUGUGGGGGAGAACCAGGAGGAGGAAGAGGAAGAGAGUGUUAUGUUGGAGUCUUCGUCAGCCUUUACCAUCGCUUGUAUCUCCAUGAGAAAAAACCUCUGCCACUUCCAACAACUACUCACUCUCAAGAGCAUGAGACGGCAGUACAGAAAAUUCCGUAAAAUGAGUUUGAAAGAGACGGUGCACAGCUUCUUUGCUUUCUUCUGGGUAAUCAUCACCGGCCUCUUCCACUUUGUGUACAGCUUGAUUUGGGGAUUCUUCCAUAUUUUAUGGACCACCAUGUUCGGGGGCGGCCUCGUCGAAGGGGCUAAGAAUAUGAAGGUGACGGACAUUUUGGGGAACAUGCCAGAUCCCACUCAGUUUGGCAUCCAUGGAGAUGUGCUAGAGACGGAGAAGAUGGAGGCCAGUGAAGCGUCGGCAUUGACUGAGAUGGGUCAUAGGGCUCCGGGGGAAGUGGUGGAGGCGGACCUGAUGGCAGAGCUGCUCAACAUUCAGCCUAAGAAGGACGGAAAGCAUGGGGCGGAGCCCGGAUUGGGGGAUGUGUCUGAGGUGGUGGUGGGUGAUGCUCCAUCCAUAGCCAGUGCUGUCAGGCAGAAGAAGGCAGAGAUGGCUGCAAAGAAGAGGGCUUCAAAUGGAGACUACAAAUCAGAUUCAGAAAAAGCAGACUCUGAAGACGGUGAGAAGAAGGAGCACGACAACGGCAAAGAUGAAGCCCCUCCUGAGGUCUCAAUGGAGGAGAAGAAAGCCCCUAAAAAGAGACUGGGCCUGAAGAAAGACCCACCAGAGGCCUUUACAGCCAGCUUCUUUGCUGGCUUGGAAAUCUACCAGACCAAGAUGCUGAACUACCUGGCCAGAAACUUCUACAACCUGCGAUUUUUGGCACUCUUUGUUGCGUUUGCCAUCAACUUCAUUCUUCUCUUCUACAAAGUGACUGGCGAUAACACGGAUGAUGACGACCCUUGGAAUGGUCGAGGGAGAACUGGGCAGGAGGAGGAAGAAGAGGAAGGCUCUCUUGAAUAUUUUAUCCUGCAAGAGAGCACGGGUUACAUGGCGCCAACUCUUCGUUGUCUAGCAAUCCUGCACACUAUUAUAUCUUUUUUGUGUGUAGUGGGUUACUACUGCCUGAAGGUUCCACUGGUGGUGUUCAAGCGUGAGAAGGAGAUAGCCAGGAAGUUGGAGUUUGCUGGCCUCUACAUCACAGAGCAGCCGUCAGAUGAUGACAUCAAGGGACAGUGGGACAGGCUGGUCAUCAACACGCCGUCCUUCCCAAACAACUACUGGGAUAAGUUUGUCAAAAGAAAAGUAAUCAAGAAGUAUGGCGAUCUGUAUGGCGCUGAGAGGAUAGCAGAGCUGCUGGGUUUGGACAAAAGUGCACUUGAUUUUAAUCCGACAGAAGAAGCUGUCACCAAGGAGGCCUCGUUGGUGUCUUGGUUGAGCUCAAUUGAUACAAUGUAUCAUAUUUGGAAAUUAGGUGUGGUCAUCACUGAUAAUUCAUUCCUGUACCUUGUAUGGUACACCACCAUGUCCAUUCUGGGCCACUACAACAACUUCUUCUUUGCUGCUCAUCUAUUGGAUAUCGCCAUGGGAUUCAAAACGCUUCGCACCAUCUUGUCCUCUGUCACCCACAAUGGCAAACAGCUGGUGCUAACAGUGGGCCUGCUGGCUGUGGUGGUCUAUCUCUACACUGUGGUGGCCUUCAACUUCUUCAGGAAGUUCUACAACAAGAGUGCAGAUGAUGACGAGCCAGACAUGAAGUGUGACGACAUGAUGACUUGCUACUUAUUCCACAUGUACGUUGGCGUGAGAGCGGGGGGAGGCAUUGGAGACGAGAUUGAAGACCCGGCUGGUGACCCUUACGAGCUGUACCGCAUCCUUUUUGACAUCACCUUCUUCUUCUUUGUCAUCGUCAUCCUCCUGGCCAUCAUUCAGGGUCUGAUCAUUGAUGCUUUUGGAGAGCUGAGAGACCAGCAGGAACAAGUCAAAGAGGACAUGGAGACAAAAUGUUUCAUUUGCGGGAUCGGAAAUGACUACUUUGACACGACGCCUCACGGCUUUGAGACUCACACUUUGCAAGAGCACAAUUUAGCCAACUACCUGUGAGUAUUCCACAGCUCUAUGUAACAUCCACUUAAUUCAAGCCGCCUUCUCUGUAAUUAACCGUGUGAUUGAAGGGUUUCACUUGUUUGUUAACCUAUGUUUGUAUUCACUGCGAAAAGAAAAUAUGUGUGGAAUAACUAAUGUUAUAAAACAAUCAUACAGCAAUAAUAAUUAUAAUGGAUUAGAUUUAUAUAGAGCUUUUCUUGACACUCAAAGCGCUUAACAGAGAUUUGAGAGCCCGACAUUCAUUCACUCCACAUUCACAUGUUGAUGGUGGUAAGCUACAUUUGUAGCCACAGCUGUCCUGGGGUAGACUUAUGGAAACAUGGCUGCCAAUUUGCGCUUACGGCCCCUCCGACCACCACCAAACAUGCAUUCAGUUUCAUACACCAGUGUGAGUGGCCACUGGGAGCAAGGUGGGUGAGGUGUUUUGGCCAAGGACACAACGGCUUGUGACUAAGAUGGCGGAAAUUGGCACGGCCGCUCUGCCAUCUGAGCUACGCCGUCCCUAAAAGAAGACGAAAGACAGGGAGCCUUCCAGAAAAGACAGAAAAACGAAAAGUGAGCCAUAUAACAAAGAUCAUAUUAUUGCUCUCCAAAUAAUGAUUUCUACAGGAAGUCUUUGUUGGUGCCAUACAAAAAAUGUCCACGGUCCACUGCAUGCGUAUAACUAAAAAACACCUAAAGGUGGUGAGCACCCCUUUUGUCCAAUCCUAAUGUAAAUCCCCAAAGUGAACAUGUAUUUGUUGUAAUGAUGUUCUAGCUAUGAUUUGUAUACCAUUAGAAAAUCUUUAGCACGUCCAUCGGUGGUAAUUAUUUUCUGUUACGCAUUCAUUAUACAAAUUUGUUAUACAUCCAUGUAACCAGAAGUGUUAACUGAAAGAGUUAGCAGAACACACCACAAGCAUUGGUGAAGGUUGAUUUUAUAUUUUCCUGAAUAAUUUCAUACAAUAAAAAUAUUAUUGUUACAUUCUGGUGUUUGUCUGGACCCUGGGAUGC